AUGUCUACGAUGAAUAACAUUUCUGAGUUGAAACCUUUCAAGUUAAUGUGGAAGGUUAAGGUUAAAAUCAUUCGGCUAUGGAAGCAAUAUUCAGCUGCCGGGGGCGAGACUAUUGAAAUGGUUUUCAUGGAUUCUAGAGGUGAUAAGAUUCAUGGGACCGUGAAGAAGGAUGAAGUGGGACAGUUCGCCCAUGUGCUGCAGCAGGGACAAACGAAACUCCUAAUUAAUUUUACGGUUACCCAUUCAAGUGGUUCUUAUCGGACAACCAAACAUCCAUACAAGGUGGUUUUCCUUCCUACAACCCGUGUCAGGAUAUGUGAGGCGUUGCCUUACAACAUGACUGGAUUGGAGCCGGUUAAUUACCGUGAUGUACUCAAUGGGAAGCUCGAUCCAGACUUCUUAGUUGUUGUUGAAGUGUCCCACAUUGAAGUUGUGUCUGUCAAUGGUAAGGACACCCAGAAGAUCUCUGUGGAACUGCGUGAUGCUGAGGAUGAACGUCUCCCCCUGGUGUUAUGGGGGAAGUUUGCAGAGGAUAUCAGUGAUGCAGUUCAGUUGCAUUCUGAGAACACAGUUAUUUGUGUUCUGAGGUUUGGCAAAAUCAAAAUUUGGAAAGAUGAGCGUAGUGUCUCCAAUGCAUACAACGUCUCAGAUGUGUCAGUAAACCCAGAGAACAUGGCUGAGGUCCAAGCUUUCAUACGUUUGCUACCAAAAGAUGGUUUGAAAUUGUCUAUUGUUGACUCUAAGCCGCUUGCGUUGGCGAAUGCUGUGUCUGAAAAGGAUGACUUUUUUGUGCACACACCUAGGAAGACUAUUGCUGAGGUGCUUGAAUCGAGACAGGUGGAGAAGUGUAUUGUAAUGGCCACAAUUGCGGGUAUCGACUCUGACAUGGGUUGGUACUACCUGAGUUGCAAGGUCUGUGCCAAGAAGGUAAUUACAGUGCCUAACGACAACUAUGAUGAUGGAGAUGAGGACGAUGUUCUUGCAUGCAAUUACUAUUGUCCCAAAUGCAAGACUAACAGCCCCAAACUAUUGCCAAGGUACAAGUUACAUUUGGUUGUUCUUGACAAUACCAAUGACUGCAAGUUUCUCCUCUUUGAUAAUCUGGCACUACAACUGCUGCACCAACCAUGUAUUGAGCUCACUGGUCCUAUUACUGAUGAGAUUCAGGAUCCUGAUGUGUUGCCCCCCAUUCUCAACGAUUUGAAGGGAAAAACUUUUCUUUUCAAGAUUCAGAUUGAAAAGGAGAAUUUUGUUUACAAGCAUGACACAUUUAAGGUCCUCAAGAUUAUCACAAAUCUUGGAAUGAUAAAUGAGUUUGAAGCGGCCCAAUCUCCUACGGGAAGUGAAAACAUGCUAUCUGGGACAUUUUCAACUCAGUCUGAUGCACCUGAGGGGUCUUUGAUGAUCCAGGGUGGUUCAUCUGGGUCAACUGAUCUGACACCAGCAAAGCGCACCAGGACACCAAUCAUCAAUUUGGAGGAGGCUUUUGAUCAGAACUCGGUUACAAAAAUGGCGUGUACCAUAAAGGUCAAGAAAGAGAAGUUCGAAAAAAGUGGCUAG